UGUAAAUAAAAUUUUAAAAGAGUAAGUCAUGGAUGAUUCUGACGAUGGAAACGAUUUUCAAAGUUUACCGUCGUCCACUUCAAUGUACGACAAAAUAAAAUCGUGGUUGUUGAACGUAAAUGAAGAGUUAGAGCCGGAGUUAAUCCACGGAGACGCUGUGACAUUGAAGGUCGAAAAUGUUCAAAUGCUCGAUAGAUAUUCAAAAACACCAUCACAAGGAACACUUUACUUAACACCAACAAACGUUGUUUUUGUGGAUCACGAUGGUAAAAAAGAAACUUGGAUUCUUUAUACGCAUAUGGCAACAGUAGAAAAACUACCGUUAACAACAACCGGGUCGCCUCUUUUUAUCCGUUGUAAAACAUUUCUUUCCGUAACAUUCGUAAUUCCAAGGGAAAGAGAUUGUCACGAUAUUUACACUUCGCUACAACUUCUCUCGCAGCCGACGAAUAUCGAAAAGUUGUACUGUUUUGAGUAUAAAUUUAGCCCACAAGAGCUGGUUGUAAGCGAAGGGUGGAGGUAUUUUAAUUUACAAUCGGAAUUUCAAAGAAUGGGUCUUCCAAACGAUCAGUGGUGUCUUACUACUUGCAAUAAAGAUUACGAACUUUGCGAUACUUACCCUAAACAUUUGGUUGUACCGAUUAUUGCUAACACAACCACUUUAAUGGGGAGCUCUAAGUUUCGUUCGAAGGGUAGACUUCCAGUUUUAACUUAUUUGCAUCAUAACAAAGCCAGUAUUUGUCGAUGUAGCCAACCUUUAAGCGGAUUUAGCGCGAGAUGCGUUGAAGACGAGAAAUUAUUGAAUAAUAUUUUAAAAACUAAUCCUAACGCUAAUUAUAUGUAUGUUGUUGAUACAAGACCGAAGAUUAAUGCAAUGGCAAAUAGAGCAACGGGAAAAGGUUACGAAAAUGAGGCUAAUUAUGAAAACAUUAAAUUUCAUUUUUUGGGUAUUGAAAAUAUUCAUGUGAUGCGAAGUAGUAUUGCAAAGAUAAUGGAAACUUGUGAACAAAAAAAUCCAACAAUGAAUAGUUUUAUUAGUGGAAUAGAAUCGAGUAGUUGGUUACGCCAUGUAAAAUCAAUUUUGGACACUUCUUGGUUUAUUGCUCAAGCUAUAGAAGAAGGAAUAAGCGUUGUCGUUCAUUGUUCAGACGGAUGGGAUAGGACGGCACAAGUUUGCUCGUUAGCCUGUUUAUUAUUGGAUCCUUAUUACAGGACAAUAGCCGGGUAUCAAGCGUUGAUUGAAAAGGAUUGGUUGGCUUUUGGGCACAAAUUUUCUGAUCGUUGCGGGCACGUGCAAAGCGAAAGCAAGGAAAUAUCACCAAUUUUCACUCAAUUAUUAGACGCAACCUGGCAAUUGAUGCAACAAUUUCCUUUAUCUUUUCAAUUUAACGAAACAUUUUUAUUUACCCUUCACGAUCACGUUCAUUCGUCACAAUUUGGAACUUUCAUUGGAAAUUGCGAAAAAGAUAGAUUAGAUUUACGUUUAUCAGAAAGAUCUUAUUCUUUAUGGGGAUACAUGGCUAAAUAUAUGAAUGAAUAUAUUAACCCCUUAUAUGUUGCUGAUGAAACACCUGGAACUAUGAAACCAAUUUUAUGCCCACAAAAUAUUAAAUUUUGGAGAGGAAUGUAUUGUAGAUAUGAAAACGGUGUUCAUCCAAGAGAACCAUUAGGAGACCUCCUCUUAGCAACAUGUAACCACAGCCACGCUUUAGAAGAUCAUUUACAAUAUCUCAAAAAGAAAAUAUCAACGCUUAAAAAUGUUUUAUCAAGACCGUUUGAAAAAGAACGAAAACGUAACCAACCAAUAAAAUGGGAUAAUCGUAACUUAGUCGAUAAUAAAUAUCUAUAUGAAACAAGUAUGCGUGAAUUACAAGCGUCAGAUGACAAUCAUCCCUUAAAAAUUGAUGAGGUUGUAUCAAAAAAAUCCCCGGAUAACGAUAAUUUUGUUUCGUUUGGGGUUGAGGAAAUCACGAAAGAGUUUGAUUCGGUGGCUAUCGAUUGGAAAACUAUAAGAAAUGUGAGCGAAUGUGGUUGUUCGACCCAAUUUGAUCAUUUUAGGCGGAAAUAUCACUGUAGAAAAUGCGGGGAUGUUUUUUGUACGAGAUGUAACGAUAAACAAAUUGUAUUGCCAGGUUAUUUUGGGCAUAAACCCGUUCCGGUUUGUAGACCUUGUUAUGAUAAUAUUCAAGGAAAUACUAUAGAAGCAGUAGAAUAAAAAAAAAAAAUAUUCUAAGUUUUACGGAAUGUUUUUUUAUAAGUUUUGGUAUUUACACAUUUACUUUAAAUGUUAUGGUAGUAUUUAUUUGUGGUUUAUUUUUUCUAUUAUACAAAAAAGUAGUGUAUUAUUAAAGAAACAUUCCUUUCUUAUAGAGGCUGUUCUUAGAGAGAGUGAUUAAUUCCAGAAAAUAGAUAGAAUUGAUGCUGAGCUCAGAAACAAAUUUAUGAAAUAAAUUAAUAUUCAACAUAA